GAGGAAGUCUUCGCUCAUUCUGCUUGUCUUGUCUGAUUUGAACCCAGCGUGAACAUUCAACAUGCCGAGAGAUCCUCUUAUCGGACUGGUUGGAAAGCCGUCCAGCGGAAAGUCAACCACGUUAAAUAGUUUGACCGAUGCAAGCUCCAAAGUUGGAAACUUUCCAUUCACUACGAUUGAUCCCCAGCGAGCCAUUGGAUACCUCCAAAUAGAUUGCGCGUGCAAGCGAUAUGGCGUUUCCGAUCGAUGCAAACCGAACUAUGGGAGCUGUCACGACGGCAAGCGCUCGGUUCCCAUCGAACUCUUGGAUGUUGCCGGUCUAGUACCAGGCGCACAUCAGGGAAAGGGACUGGGGAACAAGUUUUUGGAUGAUCUACGACAUGCGGAUGCGUUGAUUCAUGUGGUGGAUGUUAGCGGGACUACAGAUGCCGAAGGAAAGGCGACUCGAGGAUAUGACCCUUCGGUAGAUAUCGAAUGGCUGCGAUCAGAGAUUGUGCGCUGGGUGCAGGGCAACCUCAUGGAGAGAUGGGGUUCAAUCAAAAGACGACAUAUAGCAACAAAGGCAAACCCCGUCGACACGUUACAGAGUCAGUUUUCUGGAUACGGAAGUACAUCGGCAACCGUUGCCCGGUGCCUCGACCGAAUUGGCCUAAAACAGCCACUCGAAGAGUGGUCAGACGAAACGGUUGAGCAGGUCGUCAACGCAUUCGUCGAUGAGAAGUUCCCCACAGUCUUUGCCUUGAAUAAGAUCGAUCAUCCAGAUGCAGAUAAAAAUAUCAGCAAGAUUGCAAAAAUGCAAGAUCCCAAGUCUAUUGUUCUCUGCUCAGCCAUAUCAGAAGUCUUCUUACGGCGACUCGCCAAGCAGGGCUAUAUUCGAUACGUCGAGGGAAGCGAAUUCCUAGAUACGCGUGAAGAUCUGAUUGAUGAGGGCGAUCCCGACGGAGGUGGCCUCAAGGAGAUGGACGAGAAACUGAAGACUCGGGUGGAAAAUCUGAAAGAUAUGGUCCUUUAUCGGUUUGGAUCGACGGGGGUGGUCCAGUGUCUCUCUCGCGCCGCAGAAGUAUUAGGCCUCGUCCCUGUGUUUCCGGUCAGAAACGUCCAUACAUUUGGCGCUGCAGCUGGCAGCUCGGCUGCCGCUUUCCGUGACUGCGUCUUAGUCAAAAAAAACAGCACGGUGGGUGAUGUUGCUCGAAAGAUUAUGGGUGACGUACCCAUCUCCUACAUCGAAGGAGCUGGUGGCACUCGAGUGGCGGAAGAAGAAAUUGUGGAAGUAGGGAAACAUGAUGUUCUGUCGUUCAAAGUCGGUCGAUAG